AGAUGUGACUCACUCUCAUUAGGUAGCGUGGAAGGAGCCUUCGGAUGGGUGAGCCUGGACGCGUCUGAGGAAGGGCAGGCGAGGGCCGGGCCACCUCCCUGCAGACCCUGGCCAGCUGCUGGGGCCCAGGAGGAGAGCCAGAGCUGAGGAACUGCGUGUGGAGUCAGCCCAGUCUGGAUGCACAGGAGGAUGCCGGCGGCACAGUGAGUGAGGCCUGGUGCCAGAGCUGUGUGGACCCCUCAUUGGCCAUGGAGCAGCAGGCUCAGAGGCCCUCUCCCCAGCCCUGCUUGCCUGCCUUGGAGAGGACAGAGGCCUAGGCCCACAGGGGAGGGCGUUGGCAGACAGAUGCCCUCCAGGCCCUGGGGCCUCCUUAACGGCCGAGGGUGGAAGAUGCCGGCCAAGGGGCGCUACUUCCUCAACGAGGGCGAGGAGGGUCCUGACCAAGAUGCGCUCUACGAGAAGUACCGGCUCACCAGCCAGCAUGGGCCGCUGCUGCUCACGCUCCUGCUGGUGGCCGCCACUGCCUGCGUGGCCCUCAUCGUCAUCGCCUUCAGCCAGGGGGACCCCUCCAGACACCAGGCCAUUCUGGGCAUGGCGUUCCUGGCGCUGGCGGUGUUUGCAGCCCUCACUGUGCUGAUGUAUGUCGAGUGUCUCCUGCGGCGCUGGCUCAGGGCCUUGGCGCUGCUCACUUGGGCCUGCCUGGUAGCCCUGGGCUACGUGCUGGUGUUUAACGCGUGGACGAAGGCGGCCUGUGCGUGGGAGCAGGUGCCCUUCUUCCUGUUCAUCGUCUUUGUGGUGUACACGCUGCUGCCCUUCAGCAUGCGGGGCGCUGUCGCUGUGGGGGCUGUCUCCACCGCCUCCCACCUCCUGGUGCUCGGCGCUUUGAUGGGAGGCUUCACGACACCCAGUGUCCGGGUGGGGCUGCAGCUGUUGGCCAAUACAGUCAUCUUCCUGUGCGGGAACCUGACAGGCGCUUUCCACAAGCACCAAAUGCAGGAUGCGUCCCGGGACCUCUUCACCUACACUGUGAAGUGCAUCCAGAUCCGCCGGAAGCUGCGCAUCGAGAAACGCCAGCAGGAGAACCUGCUGCUAUCGGUGCUUCCAGCCCACAUCUCCAUGGGCAUGAAGCUGGCCAUCAUCGAACGGCUCAAGGAGCAUGGCGACCGCCGCUGCAUGCCCGACAACAACUUCCACAGCCUCUACGUCAAGAGACACCAGAAUGUCAGCAUCCUCUAUGCGGACAUCGUGGGCUUCACGCAGCUGGCCAGUGACUGCUCCCCCAAGGAGUUGGUGGUGGUGCUGAACGAGCUCUUUGGCAAGUUCGACCAGAUCGCCAAGGCCAACGAGUGCAUGCGGAUCAAGAUCCUUGGUGACUGCUACUACUGUGUAUCGGGCCUGCCCGUGUCGCUGCCCACUCACGCCCGGAACUGUGUGAAGAUGGGGCUGGACAUGUGCCAGGCCAUCAAGCAGGUGCGGGAGGCCACGGGCGUGGACAUCAACAUGCGUGUGGGCAUACACUCGGGGAACGUGCUGUGCGGGGUCAUCGGGCUGCGCAAGUGGCAGUAUGACGUGUGGUCCCACGACGUGUCCCUGGCCAACCGGAUGGAGGCAGCUGGAGUCCCCGGCCGGGUGCACAUCACGGAGGCGACACUGAAGCACCUGGACAAGGCGUACGAGGUGGAGGAUGGGCACGGGCAGCAGCGGGACCCCUACCUCAAGGAGAUGAACAUCCGCACCUACCUGGUCAUCGACCCCCGGAGCCAGCAGCCACCCCCGCCCAGCCAACACCUCCACAGACCCAAGGGGGAUGCGGCCCUGAAGAUGCGGGCGUCAGUGCGCAUGACCCGGUACCUCGAGUCCUGGGGGGCAGCGCGGCCCUUUGCGCAUCUCAACCACCGCGAGAGCGUGAGCAGUGGCGAGACCCCCGUCCCCAAUGGGCGGAGGCCUAAGAGCAUUCCCCAGCGCCACCGCCGGACCCCAGACAGGAGCAUGUCCCCCAAGGGGCGGUCGGAGGACGAUUCGUACGAUGACGAGAUGCUGUCAGCCAUCGAGGGGCUCAGCUCCACGAGGCCCUGCUGCUCCAAGUCUGACGACUUCUACACCUUUGGGUCCAUCUUCCUGGAGAAGGGCUUUGAGCGUGAGGUGAGGACCCCCAGCAGCCUCCCCCACAGAGGGACAGGGUCUCCAGGCUUGGGUUCUUCCCUCCUCUCCAGGACGGCGGCACUGGGUGUGUCCUUUGGGCUGGUGGCCUGUGUACUGGGGCUGGUACUGGGCCUGUGCUUUGCCACCAAGUUCUCGAGGUGGUGCCCAGCCCGGGGGACACUCUGCACUAUCUCCGAGAGGGUGGAGACGCAGCCCCUGCUGAGGCUGACCCUGGCCAUCCUGACCAUCGGCAGCCUGCUCACUGUGGCUAUCGUCAACCUGCCCCUGAUGCCUUUCCCAGUCCCAGAGCUGCCUGUUGGCAAUGAGACAGGCCUACCAGCUGCGAGCAGCAAGACUAGAGCCCUGUGCGAGCCCCUCCCGUACUAUACCUGCAGCUGUGUCCUGGGCUUCAUCGCCUGCUCCGUCUUCCUGAGGAUGAGCCUGGAACCAAAGGUUGUGCUGCUGACAGUGGCCCUGGUGGCCUACCUGGUGCUCUUCAACCUCUCCCCAUGCUGGCAGUGGGACUGCUGCGGCCAAGGCCUGGGCAACCUCACCGAGCCCAAUGGUACCACCAGCGGCACCCCUAGCUGUUCCUGGAGAGACCUGAAGACCAUGACCAAUUUCUACCUGGUCCUGUUCUACAUCACCCUGCUCACGCUCUCCAGACAGAUUGACUAUUACUGCCGCCUGGACUGUCUAUGGAAGAAGAAGUUCAAGAAGGAGCACGAGGAGUUUGAGACCAUGGAGAACGUGAACCGCCUUCUUCUGGAGAACGUCCUGCCAGCCCACGUGGCCGCCCACUUUAUCGGUGACAAGUUAAACGAGGACUGGUACCAUCAGUCCUAUGACUGCGUCUGUGUCAUGUUUGCCUCCGUGCCGGACUUCAAAGUGUUCUACACAGAGUGCGAUGUCAACAAAGAAGGGCUGGAGUGCCUGCGCCUGCUCAAUGAGAUCAUUGCCGACUUCGACGAGCUCCUGCUGAAGCCCAAGUUCAGCGGCGUGGAGAAGAUCAAGACCAUCGGCAGCACAUACAUGGCAGCUGCAGGGCUCAGUGUCGCCUCAGGGCACGAGAACCAGGAGCUGGAGCGGCAGCACGCCCACAUUGGCGUCAUGGUGGAGUUCAGCAUCGCCCUGAUGAGCAAGCUGGACGGCAUCAACAGGCACUCCUUCAACUCCUUCCGCCUCCGCGUCGGCAUAAACCAUGGGCCUGUGAUUGCUGGAGUGAUUGGGGCCCGAAAACCUCAGUAUGACAUCUGGGGAAACACAGUCAACGUGGCCAGCCGAAUGGAGAGCACCGGAGAACUUGGGAAAAUCCAGGUUACCGAGGAGACCUGCACCAUCCUCCAGAGCCUCGGGUACUCUUGCGAAUGCCGUGGCCUGAUCAAUGUCAAAGGCAAAGGCGAGCUGAGAACUUACUUUGUCUGUACGGACACUGCCAAGUUUCAGGGGCUGGGGCUGAACUGAGGGCUCCUGCUGGGUUCUGAAAAGGCUGGGAAGCCAAUCUCCUUCCCUGAAGCAAGCCCAGGAGAAGACUCCACCCCACGCCAAUCCCAGAGGCAUGCAGAGGGUGUGGCCACCUCCUGGCAGAGGGCUGUGCAUGUUGGCUUCUUUGGACCCCCACUGAAGGAUUUCUCAGACACAUGCAGCACCAGAUUCUGGCUCGAAGCAGCCACUGAGCCAUUGUGCGCAGGGGAGGCCAGAACCUCUGUGCCCGGUCUGUAACAGUUUCCAGGCAAGCUGGAGAAUGUUCACUGGUUCAGGGCUGACUUUGAGAUCUUUGUUCCCUGAGGUGCUAUGGAGGCGACUUUAGCACAUGAUGAAAACAGACGCCCACCUCAUUGGCCUGUGGGCACGCAAAAGUGAGGUCUGUUUUUCUAGACACCAAGGGGGAGUAAGCUGAGCUGUCUGGCACGGAUUGGAGACUCCCUCUCCCUGGUGGGCCCAGCAAUGAGAGUGUUUCUCACAGCCGCAUGCUGGUAAAUGAAGCUGAAAGGGGUGUUUUACAUCUGUAAACGGUUUCAAACAGUAGAGAAACACACCUAAUUAGCACUGUUACUUUUUGCCUUGUCUGGUAUGUUUGUUUCAAAUGAAUACAUUAAUGGGGGUUUUAUCCUUUUGAAUGACUUCUUAGCUAGCAGACAAAAAUCUCUUCCUCCCAGUGUAUGCUCUGCCUGUUUAACCACUGACACGUAGGGAGGACUACUGUCCAGUGUCAGCUUAUGGGGUCAGCUGGCUGUGGGGUUGAGUCCUGAGGAAUGUGGUCACAGCAAGAAGGCAGGGAGCAGCGGAGCCUUGCCUUUGAAUGAGGCAGCUCGUGAGGCAAGCAUUCUGGAGAGAGGUGCCUAGAAAGGUGCGGCCUUUCAGCUCUUCCUUGAUCACUCACGUAUCUUUGCGUUCUCCCCUGCCGUCCUUCAACUGUAUCUUACUUUUCUUACUGGAAAGGAAUGGAGUCUGUUUAGAGAUAAGUUGGACAACCUGUGAGUGCAUCUCUCCUUUCCUUUAGUCUUCACAGCUAACUUUGGAGAGCUUCAAAACUACAAGGAUCUACUUGGCAUGGGUGCGUGCACAGGCUCCUGGAUCUGGGAAGCCCGCCCCCUCACAAAUGCUGAGCCGUUCUUGCUCUGAAACUGCACGAGUCAAGGCAAAUGCAAAAAGCCAGGUUUUGGGGAUGUGUCUUACUGUGCUUCAACUUUCCAAGGAAUUGAAAGUCAACCUAACUGUAACAGGGUGAGAAAUAACAAAACUGCCCGUGCCUUUUUCUGAAGGGACUUCAUAACCAAAAGACUUAACCAGUGGCCUCAUCACUAGAGCAUCGCCAGGAUUUCUAAAGUACUCAGUUUCCCUAUAUAGCAGGGAUUCUUAGCUAGAUGUCACCAUGAACCCCGUUAAGUUCUACAGAAAGUCUUGCCUACAGGAGCCUUUACAAGAUUAUACAGGGUUGCAGACUGGGUGACUGACCGGACUUGUUGGGGUCCUGGGAUGAGUUGCCCCCUGGCUGCAAAUUAGAGUACAGCUAAGUGUGGGGGUGGCAGUGGAGGGGACGAAAAUUGAGCCUGCUUGCCUGUGCUGUGUCAUGUGUGGCUUUAUCAGCCCGAGGAAGGGCAGGUGUAUUCUAAUUUGCACAAAGGUGCUGGGUGGACUAGUGACAGCUCUGAUGUGCUGCACAUAACUGGAAUCAGUGUGAACAGAAGAACUUGCUGUAUAAAGGAAUUUCAUGGCAACAAUGCUGGUAAGGGCAAUUAGCCUCGCUUAAGUUGCCUUUUUUACACACCAACUUUUUACAUGAAGGGUUGGUUUCACAUGAAUACUAUACUGAAAUCUGUGCUCGCAAGAUCUAGCAGUGACCAGGGCUGCCCAGCGGGGGCUCUCCUGGGAAGUCAGGAAGGUUUCUGUUGCUAAUAUAACAUGGAAACACAUCAGUGCACUGGGCCUCUCUGAGGUCAGCUUAUUUGUACUCUUGCAAUAUUUAAGUUGUUUUUUUCUUCAGUAACAGAAACCCCAGUUGGGAGUUUAACAAAUAACUGAUUACCAUUCAUGCAUUUUUAUUUCCUAUUAAAGCACUGUGCUGUGCUCAGAUAAUAAUAGUUUGUCAGUUUUUAGUUUUCAGUGUUCAGGUUAUAGAAUAUAACUGACCAUAAAAAUUACCUGCGGGUAUUUUCUUUUUAUGAACCUGUUUUUAAAUUACCAAAUUAUUUCUUUACUGGUUUCUGUUUUAUGACAGAAACAAGUAUCUAACAGUGACCUUCUCUAUGGGUCAAGGACUUCCUCACAAAUUCUCCUAACUGGUGAAAAUAAUACCUGAAGUUUUCUGCCUUAUUGAGGAAAUUUCCGAACAGAAGAGAAGAUCAUUAACCACUGCAUACUCUGUGUAUAUAAUAGGUCAAUGUAAAGAAACAUGAUUUGAGGUGGUGCAUGCAAAUAACUAGGGUUUAUUCUAUAUAAUGAGUAUUUAUAGAUCUGUAACAUUUGUUUCAAAAUGCUGUUUCAUUUUUAUAAAGUACCAGUGUUUAGCUGCUUUUUAUACAUUAAAUUAGCAAUUUAAAAAACUCAAA